AUGAGUUUCCAAAAGAAAAAUAAAACAAAGAAAACAUGCAUUGUUUUUUCAAAGAAAGAACAGCUUAAUCUGGGGAAAUUAUUAAGUAAAGCUUCUGCUCACUUUUUGGUAAUUCAACUUCACACUUACCCGAAAUCACCGAAAUCCCUCUAUUGUGGAACAAACAGGUUUGUCAACUCUUACAUUGACUCAAAAAUGAAAAGUGAUCACCACAACCACUUAUUGCAAUUAGCUGUUCUCCUCUUAAAAAAUGACAGCAAAAAGUUAGAGUGCAUCAUGCGAACUAAUUAUAAAUAUUUAAACAUUGAAAACGUUGCAAUUUCAUGUUUAUUUAUUUCAAGGAUAAGGGCACAAAGUUGGUGA